AUGUCUGUGCCUGUGGGCGGCCUUCGAGAUCUCCCGAUGGAGGAAGCUCGAGCUGCACUUAAGAGCCAUUUCUCUACGUACCAAGGACCCAAGUAUGCUGAAGGCUGGGCUCAACUAUGGUCAAAGGGCGACUUUCUACCUUGGGACCGUGGAAAUCCGUCGCCCGCUCUGGCAGACACUCUGUCAAACAACACCGACGUGAUCGGCCACGCGUUGAUCGAAGAGGACGGACAGACGCGUCGGAAACGUGCAUUGGUUCCGGGUUGCGGUCGGGGUGUUGAUGUUCUACUUCUACAGAGCUUUGGCUAUGAUGCGAUUGGGUUAGAGUAUGCUGCAGAUGCUUUGAAGGCUUGUGAAGAAUACCAGAAAGAUCACGAGAAGGACUAUCCGGUCAAUGACGAGAAGGUGGGCAAGGGAAGCGCUCGGUUCGUUCAAGGUGAUUUUUAUGCCGAUGAAUGGCUUAAGAAGGCCGGGCUCGACAAAGACACCAAGUUCGACUUGAUCUAUGACUAUACUUUCUUCUGUGCCAUGCAACCACCCAUGAGACCAGCCUGGGCCAAGAGAAUGUCACAACUUCUGCGUGCCGAUCCUAGAGCUAAUCUGAUCUGUCUGGAAUUUCCCACCAACAAGCCCCCCGCGGCUGGUGGUCCUCCGUUUGCGUCUCCGCCAAAAGCAUACCUCGAGCACUUAAGUCAUCCGGGAGAGGAAGUCAAGUAUGACGCAGAGGGCAACGUCAGGAUGAAUCCCCUUGCACCGUCGAGUCCAGGAGGCCUUGAGAGAGUGGGACACUGGCACCCUGCCGAUACGCACCAGGUAGGCAAAGAUGCCGAAGGUAACGUGCAAGACUGGAUCUCGGUCUGGAGACAUCGAUGA